UUUUUGGGGCAAGGCGCCAAGAAAGCCCCUAGCGGGGGACAGGGGGCCACGCCAGCAACACCAAGGCGGGAAUACAUCCGGGGACGCGCGCGCCCCGCGCGAAAACGCAAGAAAGCUGCCGGAAUUCCGCCGAACCAAGGACAAGCGGGCGCCCCCUUCCCUGUGUUGUUUGAUUGUGUUGCCGCUCGCGCGCAGGGGCGCGCGCCCGGGCGGGCCCUUUCGGAGCGGCCCGGCAGGGUCCGGGGCGCUUGUUCGGCCGGGCGCGGUGCCUGUGUUGGUUCCCCUCUCUCACUCCCCGUGCCCGGGGCCUGUCUUUGCCGCCCGCCUAGGCGGGGCGGGGCGGCGUGAUGGGUGCGCAGCCCUGCCCCGGCGCAGUAUGCGUGCGCAUUUUGGCAGCGGCGGCGCCAGGCAAUCUCUGCGCCAGCGCCGGGCCUUCAGGUGCUUGCCCCAAUGGGAGCGAAGCCGGCCUGCGCUAUUUGCCUGCGGCCAGUUGAACACAUCACAGGCCUGGGUGUUGAUCCCGGCGCGGCUUCCCAUAUUGGUUCGGAGUGUUGUCGCCCGUCCCCCCGAGCCAGCCCGCCAGGUUGCAAUCUACCUCCGCCUGGCGGCCCGUCCCGUGUGCUGCCUGUCGAUUGGCCCUGGCCUUACUUUUUUGUUAGCUUCACGCACCCAUUCCCGGGCCAGUGCGGGCGGAGCGUUCGUAAGCAUUGUUAGUGGGGUUGCUUCGUCGCGCAUUGGGCUAUGCUUGAGCGUGGGCUGA